AUGUCCUUCAAGUCCUUCAAGGUUCUCUCUCUGCUCGUCGCCUCCCUGGGCUUUGUUUUGAUGGAAGAGAACGUCUCGGGUGCUAGCCUGAGGGUUCCCGCUGCCCGCCCGCUGCAGAGACGCUACUCCGAGGCCACCCUGGCGAGCGACUACAGCCGCACCAUGGACAACAUGCUCAAGAAGAACUUCGUGGAGUGGCUGCUGGCCAGGAGGGAGAAGAAAAGCGACAACAUCGUGGAGCAGUACAAGAGGGAAGCCGAGCCCCAGGUACCAGCUGCGGGCGGGCAAAGGAUGGACCUGGGCACCCACGAAGCCAAAGAUUUCCUCACCUGGAUUCUGAAAGCCAAGGGAAACCAGAGCUUCACUUCUCUGGAGGACUCGGAAGGGCUGAGGGACGUUUUGAACCGCGAGUUCCUGACGUGGCUGAUGGCGACUGAGCCCUGCAGGGCCACGUGA